AUGAGUUUGAGUUCGAAACACCUAAAGCUGUUAAGCAGACUCACUUUCUACAAACCACACUCACACACCCCGCCGUUUAACUCAUCAAAACUCAACAAUAAUAACAUUGUCACCUUAAUAUGCAACUCUUUCAGAUCAAAAAAGAAUUGGGACACCAUCACCCACAAUUUCACCUCCAUCCAAUUAACCAAUCCCUUAGUAGAACAAAUCUUAUUACAACUCAAAACCCCAACCGACGCUAAAAACGCACUAUCUUUCUUCCACUGGUCCUCCAAAACGCACCGUUUUCAACACGGUCUUCGAUCUUACUCCAUAACCAUCAACCUCUUACUCCAAGCAAAUUUAAUCACCGACGCUAAAGCAUUACUCGAAACCCUCGCUAACAAAAACACCAAUACCAAUUCAGUUCGCGCGGUUAUCGAUUCUCUCAUUCACACUUCAGAGUUUGUUUCCUCUGGCUUUCACCCACCGGUUCUCGAUCUGUUAGUUAAAGCUUACGCGAAAGCGCGAUUAACCGACGUUGCUUUCUCCGUUUGCCGUUACGUCGAUGAACUAGGGUUUCGUAUCGGUUUAUCGAGUUUCAAUAAUUUGCUUCAUGGUGCUCAGAGGUGUGACCGUUUUUCAACUGUUUGGGAGGUUUAUGGUUACAUGAUUGGGAAAAGAAUUUACCCUAAUUCAGUUACGUUGAGGAUUAUGAUUGAUGCUCUUUGUAAAGAGGGGUUGUUACAGAGGAAUGUUGAUGUGGUGGAUCAGAUUGUCGGGAAGAGAGAUUCGUAUUCUCCUUCGGUUAUUGUUAAUUCGAGUUUGAUAUUGAGAAUGUUGGAAAAGGAAAAGGAAGGAGAAGAAGGUGAAUUGGUUAGGUUAGUUACGUUGUUGAAGAGAUUAUUGCAGAAGAAUUUCAUUGGUGAUUCCGUUGCUUACUCGUUGAUUGUUCAUGUUAAGGUUAGGUUAGGGGAUUUGGAUUGUGCUCUCGAGAUGUAUAAUGAGAUGGUGAGAAGAGGUUUUAGUGAAAAUUCGUUUGUUUAUACUUCGUUUAUUGAAGCGUUUUGUGAGAAGGGGCGGAUUGAAGAAGCGAUUAGGUUGAUGCGGGAAAUGGAAGGGAAGGGGUUAAGACCUUAUGGUGAAACUUAUGAGUAUGUUAUAGUUGGAUGUGUGAAUUCGGGACGGUUGAAGGAGUGUUGGAGUGUUUUUGAGGAAAUGUUGAGUGCUGGGUUUGUUCCUAGUUGUUUGUCGUUUGAUAAGGUAGCUGAGAAGCUUGGUGAGAAUGGUGAUGUGGAGAAGGUGAAUGAUGUUUUGACUGUGUUGUUAGAUAAAGGGUUUUUGCCGAGUGAUUUUACGUAUUCUCAUUUGAUAAAUGGUUAUGCGAGAAAUAAUAAGAUUCAGGAAGUUCUUAAGAUAUAUUAUGAAAUGGAGUAUAAGUCUAUGUGUCCUGGAUUGUCUGUUUAUUCGUCCAUGAUCAAGUGUUUGUGCCGUUUUGGAAAGGUUGAAGACGCCGAGAAGUAUUUGAGGAUUAUGAAAGGUCGGUCGUUGAUUCCAAAUGUGACUAUAUAUGAGACAUUGCUUGCUGGUCACUUGCAGAAGGGAAACCAUGAUAGGGCUCUUCAACUACGCAAUGAAAUGGCCUCUUUGAAGUUGCAGCAUUGUUAA